AUACCGGGUCAGCUUGUAUUGCUAUGCUCAAUUGGGCCUGGGUCAGCUUGUAUGGCUUUUUUUCUUUCUAAUCAUAUUAAUGUCAUUUAAAAAUAAUUAGAGCCAGUAUACACGAUUUCGACCGUAAUUAAAUCCAUACCUCUGUCAUUUUUCUUUCUUUCUUUUUUUACAAUUAGUUUUGCGAAGAUGACAUGAACAUAAUUUUCAAAAAAAAAAAUGACAUGAACAAAAGCAUGCGCAAUAUUUAAAAGCCAAAAUAAAAAUAAAAACCACAAAUGUAAUAAAAACGAAAUAUAUAAACGAAACAUUAGGCUUAGGCAUGAGCAUUUAAAAGGAAUAUUUUGUAAAUUAUUAAACCACAAGCCCAAUGGGCCUUUAUAGAGUGUGAAUCAAAUUAUUUGUGAGACCAGACCUAAAAGAGUCAGUCACCGUCGUCGAUUCCACGCGAAUACGCCGCCGCUGCACUUCCACCGUCGCCGGUAAUCUGCAUUUUCUUGGGCGAAAUGGAGGAAGACAUGGCGAAUCGUAGAGUGUCGAGUCGGACUCGUAAGGUUGCUUCGAAGAUGGCGGCGGCUCUUACAAGCACCGACAAUCGAACGCAGGCUGCGAUUGCACGGCUGGAAGCUUUGGAGAACGAUAAUGGAGCUGUGGAGGUGGUUGAUUUGAACGAUGAUGAAGAAGCCUCUCUUGAUGAAGACGAUGAUCUCGGUUACAUGCAGAGGAAGCAACACAAGGGAUCAAAGCGUAAAACUCGACAAGCUAAAGCUUUGGAGGCUCGUAAAGCUCCUAAGUCCUUCACUGAGCUCUUGCAGGAGGCAAAUUUGGAAUCUUUGCCGUCGCAUGUGCCCACUUACUUGAAAGCAGCCGUGGGACCUCCGAGUUCGUCUUCUCGUCGCCAUUUCUGUACAGUCUGUGGAUACAUUGCGGGAUAUAAUUGCUGCUUAUGUGGGAUGCGGUUUUGUUCUAUACGCUGUCAAAACAUUCACAAGGAUACUCGUUGUCAGAAGUUUGUUGCAUAGGAAUCGAGUAGCAUUGUACGGAAACAUCAUCAGUCUCAUUGUUUGUGUAAUGAAUGUGCUGUCAGAUGAAAUAGCACGUUUCUCUCUAAAGUGAUCUUAUGAUUUGGAGGAUCAAACGUGUGACAUCUCUUGUUUGAGCGUUUCCAGUAGCAUUCCUCUUAGAUUCCCAGCUCUGGAGAAAUUCACUAACUCUCUGUUGCGCCAUGA